AGCGGCCGCAUUGGUCUGAAAUACACGUGCCUGGUAUGUGUGUGUGUGUAUACGCCAAAGAGUGAUUGCCUGAACACCGCCCGUGCUGUGGUCUAGAUCGGUAGUGUGGAAGGGGAGUCUUAAGCUAAGAGAAGCAUGCAGGAUGGCAGAAGUAGGCAGCAUUUCUUAUAGGACCACAGGUUCAACUCUCUUGCAUCCGCUGAGUGAUCUCCUGGGCAUUCCACUGGACCAGGUCAAUUUUGUUGCUUGUCAGCUCUUUGCACUCUUGGCUGCGUUUUGGUUUCGCUUGUAUCUAAGUCCCAGUCAUGCCAGCUCUGGUGUUCGUCAUGCAUUUGCCACAAUGUUUGGAGUAUAUUUUGCUGUUUUCUGCUUUGGUUGGUACUCCAUCCAUAUUUUCAUUUUAGUGAUGAUAUGCUAUGGCAUCAUGAACAUGGCCAGUAUUCCCAACAUUCAUAGGUACUCUUUUAUGGUAGCUAUGGGAUACCUCACACUAUGCCAUGUUAGCCGGAUAUACAUAUUCCACUAUGGUAUUCUCACUACGGAUUUCUCUGGUCCGUUGAUGAUUGUAACACAGAAGAUCACAACUCUUGCUUUCCAGGUGCAUGAUGGAAUAGGUCGAAAAGCUGAAGAACUAACUGUUGAACAAAAUCUGCUUGCUAUAAAAGCAAGACCUUCCUUUCUGGAGUAUCUGAGCUAUCAGCUCAACUUCAUGAGUAUCAUAGCAGGCCCAUGCAGCAAUUACAAGGAUUACAUAGCCUUCAUUGAAGGGAGGCAAGUGCAAAUGAAGCUGUUAGAAGUCAACUGGAAGCAAAAGGGUCAUGAUAGACUUCCUGAUCCUUCUCCAAUGGGAGCUGUGCUGCACAAACUUUGUAUCACACUUGUGUCUCUACUUUUGUUCCUGACACUUACCAAGAGCUUCCCGGUGACAUAUAUUGUUAAUAACCAGUUUGUCAGUAACUCUUCCUUCUUGUCAAGACUUGGCUUCCUAUAUGUUGUCAUGCAGGCGUCAAAGCCAAAAUACUACUUUGCAUGGACACUUGGUGAUGCAGUCAACAAUGCAGCUGGCUAUGGAUUCAGUGGUGUUGAUGAGAGCGGCAAUUUCCACUGGGACCUUUUGUCGAAUCUAAAUAUCAGGAAUAUUGAGAUGGCAACAAGUUUUAAAAUGUACAUAGAAAACUGGAAUAUCCAAACCACUGCCUGGCUUAAACGUGUGUGCUAUGAUAGAGCUCCUCGGUACCCUACCGCUUUAACAUUUCUUCUGUCAGCUCUUUGGCAUGGCGUUUAUCCUGGAUAUUAUUUUACAUUUAUCACUGGGAUCUUUAUGACACUAGCAGCCAGAGCAGUAAGGAACAAUUGUAGACAUUUCUUCAUCUCACCAAAGCCUCUCAAAAUGGGCUAUGACAUUGCUACCUGGUUGGUAACUCAGCUGUCUGUCUGCUAUACUGUUGCACCAUUUGUUCUGCUAGCUGUUGAGCCUACAAUUAAAUUAUACAAGUCACUGUACUUUCAUAUGCACAUUUUAUGUGUACUUGUGUUGCUGAUCCUGCCAGUUCAAUCUCAAAAACACAUCAAAAGGCAGCAGCCUCCAGUUCAAAGCAAGCUCAACUCUGACAUAAGCAAGAAACCAAAAUAAUACCUCAUAAAGGAAUUGUUGAUACUCUUCUGUGAGAUGCUGGAAAAAAUGGGUACGAACAAUACAUCACUGCAGUGGCUUCAUUUAAAGGACAGAAAGGACAUUGACAAUUUCACAUUAAGGCCCUUUACUGGCUAAUGUUUACAUGCUUGGAGGGCAAACAAAAUUUUUGUAAGUAAAACAGAAUAUUUUAAAGGAGUCUCUCUAUUUAAAUUUUUGCAUGUGUAUUUCAUUUCUUAAAGUUUAUUUUAAUUAGCCAGUACUUCUGAGAUGAAGGAGGGAGGGGAAUAAUUGUUGGCGCUGGCAGACUGGUGUCCUAAGCUUUAAAAUGUUUUCCUCCCCCCACAUAGAAUGGUUAAACAUGACAUAUAGCUUAUAGUGGAUGUCUAUAAUUCCCAAUGAUAGAUUGCAGGAAUUUCAUCAAUGGGUCUCCUGAAUACACCAAAAGGAACUCGUGUUCAAUGGGUGGGAGCAGCAGUCACACACAAAUAGUGUAUCUUUGCAAAAGGAAACUUCAUGGCUGGGUCCUCUUAAGUAAAAUGACCGGGAACCAUUAAACUAGAAAAGUCAAAGUGCAUGCUGACUGGAAAUAGUCAUCAGGAAAGGGAAGAUUGUGGAGCAGAGUGAAUGCGAUUCCCCAUGUAGACGUAAAAUUAGGUAUAGACUGUCUGACGUGAGAAAUGUUGGACUAGUCAAGGUCUGAAAAAGAAUUACAUGCUUUACCAGAAAUCUCUUCAUGUUUUGCUUGUAUUCUGUGCUCAGCAAUGAAUGUGGUUGAUUUUGCACGCCCCCAGCCCAGAACUCCAUGAUGUUUUUGUUGAUAUGCCAAACUUGUCAGACGUUUCCUGUAUUCAUUUUUUCAUGAUAGCACUUGCAGUGUGAAAGUAAACUACUCAGGCAUAUGGAAAUAACUCAGGGAGACUUUGUGUUAAGCACUUGACUCGACCUGCUCAUAAUAUACUUCCUGACUUUAAAAAUAAUGACAUGGGUGUUGCCACCUGCCUGCUGCCUAGGAGCAUUGAUAAUCCUCUUAUGCAAGUGGAUGUCAUAUUGCAUCUAUCCAUCAGGAGGGGGGUAGUCCUGUUUGACUAUGCAUUUCAGAGGUGGUUUGCUUUGAUACUUUCACAUUUAGAAUGGGAAAAGUAUUAAAAUUUUGUAGAUAUUCAAAGAUUUUAAAAAAUCAAUUUUUCCAAUUUCUUGUAGAAAAGGGAAAAAACUAAUUAGCUGUUAUUUUAAUGAGCUAGACUGUUCAAAAUCAAAAGAUCCAUGUCAAGAGUUAGGUUAUGUGACCCUGUUAAAACGUGGCCACCUUCAUGUGAAAUGCUUUGGGAACAUAUGUUGCUGCUGUCCAUUACUGCUUCAUUACUACCUGCUGCUACUUGCUGCUUCUGGGUCAUAUUAUGUAUUUAUUUUGAACAUUUUUACCCUGUUCUGUAAUCCCAGGAUUCCAAGCACAAAUCUUUUG